CGGGCACUGACUGAGUCGGCCCCUGGUCUUUUUCGCUUUCCCCCCUGGCGGCCUUUCGUUCUUUACACCGGUUGUAUAACUAGUUCCAUUCAUUUAUCGUUGAUUCUGCCGCUAUGGAGUGGUGGUCUUUCUUUCGUACAGUCCGCAAGAUUGGUUUCGGUAUUGUGUCGUUCUUCAGCUUAGUGUGGGCUAUAGUCUUGUCCGUGUAUGCAGCUCGAGCAUGGCCACAUGCUAUACAGAGCCAACGCGCCAUCGUGUUGGUGAUGAUAGGCGUUUAUGUGUACACUUCUGUAACGCUCUAUCUCAUGAUUGUCGUCUUGUUCCGCUUGUGGGCGGACUUUAGGCGGACACUCAUUCUGGCUGCAAUGCAUUUAGCGAUUGCCGUACCCUUCACAAUAUUCGAAUCCCGCUUUGCCUGUACUGCUUUCAAUUCGGAGGGAACCUGUCAGAGCACGUAUACUUUCGCUCUGUUUGUAACUUGGGCCAUUUUUGUGAUUUUUAUUCUCCAUAGUAUCUAUCUUGCUGUCAUGUCCCUUGGUCCUCCGCCUCCUCCGGAUGUCAUCUCCCCACACUCCAACACGUUCCCGGAGAAGUCUAUGGACGACGUAGAGAAGAGCCCCCAGGUGGAUGCAAUCAGUCCACUUCCCGUUAUCACGCAAGCCGAGCGCGGACAGGUAGUCUCAGCAAGUCUUGUUGUAAUGGGCGGUUCAGUGCGACCAGCGUACGCCACUCGUGCAACCUCACAGUUCUUGCGGACACGUGCGGACUCGCCCACUCUGACAGACACCACCGAUGCUCUGCCAACGCUGCCAUACGGAGCGUCAUCUAUGGACGGGUUCAUCGACCGAUCCGCAAGUCCCGCACCAUCGUACAGCUCAACUGACCCUAUCCUGCUGCGGAAGCCGCCGACGCGGCGCACGCGCCCCCUGCUACUGAAUCGCUACGUCGUCGACCCCGUGCUCCGGCAGGGAACACCACCUACUCCGCUAUCCGGCGUGAGCUGGGGCUCGCGAGACAGCACAUACAGCUAUGCCGCGGAUAUGCCGCUGGCGCGCCCGCAGCAGGCUGUAAUCGCGGGCCACGUUCGCUCGUCCUCCCUGCUCGCCAGCGCUGUACCACCACAGCUGCGCCCGGGUACGCCCGUAUCGCUGCACCGCACAAACAGUGAUUCGUCGACGUCCUCCGACGAGCCCGCGCUAUCGCAGUUUACUGCGCGUGUCCCACUGGGAAGACGCGUUGGCACACCGACAUCAAUACGCUCGUUCGCCCCCAGCCUGCUCUUCAUGGACGGGAACGAGAACAGGGCGCGCACUCCCUCCCCAGCACCUGCGGGGGCCGGCGACAUCUCGAAACGGACCGUGGGAUCAUCAGCACUCAGUAGGCAGCCAACUUCCAAGCUGAAGCUGCCUAACCCAUAUGAUGACGGUGACGACGAGGCUGCGAACGCAAUGACGGACGUUCCGCUUGGAGAUAGGUGAAGCCAUCCCGGCGCUCGCUGCUGUCGCUUUCAGUUUUGUGCAAAUAUGCGUCGAGUGGUCACGACGGGAGUCCUCAACAGUGUCGACAAUUGGGCGACUACGGAGACAGACACUGCCAGUGGGCGCUAUAUGCUUGUAUUCGGAUCCGGCGUUUCUUGGACAGUGAACACUGGACGCUUGCCGUGCCUGUAUUCUCGCCUCUGUCGUUACCGUAUCAGAGCGAGUUGCGACCCCAGUCGCAGUCUCGCCUGUCUAGGUCGAUCUAGGUCGAUAGUUGCUGAUGUCUGAUUAUACUGUACGUUCGUUAUGCUUGGCAGUUGUCAAUGUGAACUUGACAUGGUACACAGC